UCCACGCCGGACGCGGUGCUGCAGGCGGUCAUCAAGCGCUCGCUGGUGGAGAGCGGCUGCCCGGCGUCCAUCACCAACGAGCUGAUCGAGAACGCCCACGAGCGCAACUGGCCGCAGGGGCUGGCCACGCUGGAGACGCGCCAGAUGAACCGGCGCUACUACGAGAACUACGUGGCCAAGCGCAUCCCCGGCAAGCAGGCCGUGGUGGUGAUGGCCUGCGAGAACCAGCACAUGGGCGAGGACAUGGUGCUGGAGCCGGGGCUCGUCAUGAUUUUCGCUCACGGCGUGGAGGAGAUCUGAUAAGAACGGGUCUGGUAGCCGCGGGGAUGGCCUGGAGUCGGGUUUUAGGGUUCUCCGCUUGACUGGAGUUGUUUGAAAGCCGUCUCGGCUCCUUCUCUGUUUCAAGGAGAGAGGGGGAGCGGGGGCUCCACGCACUGCCAGACCCUUUCGGGGGUCCCCCCCCCAAAUCCUGCCUCACACCCGGUGCCCCCACCCAGGACAGCUCCGUCUCCUCGUCCCCCCCUCUGGAAUUUCCACCUGGCUCGGCGUCCCCAAGCGGGCUGCUGGUGGUGUCACCGACCCUGGAGUGAGGGGUCCUUGGCCUUGGGGACCCUCCUGUCCCCCCUCGCUUCGUGCAUGCCCCGUUCCCUGGCCCCGGGAGCCGCCAGAUCCCCCCGGGCAUCUCCCACCUCCUCCCAAUCCGUGUUUGGCUCUGCUUUCUCCGCCCUCGGUGUUACUUUUCCAGACACUCGUGAUUGUGGUUCUGUAUUUUUUUUAUUCUUAUUUUUUUUUUAAUAUACUUUUAUUUUAUUUUUUUUUCCUUGAUCUUUUCUCAUUUUUACUCCCCCCUUUUUGAUUUUCCGAGUACCGUGGGCAGGCGCCUCUGGCCUGGGUCCGUGGUACUCGUUGGGAAUUUAAUUUAUUUACAUUUAUUUUGUUGGAAUUUUUUUUUUUUUUUUUUUUUUUUUUUUUUACCAUUGUUUCUCCUCCGGUGCCGGUCCCUGUGGAUCCGGCAGGAGGCAGGGAUUGAAGUGAUCAAUAAACAGAAUUCUGGUUGCUUUA